AUGUCUGAUAUCCCCUUGCAAGAACAGGAACUUCCAGAAAACACCCCCAGCAACCCAUGUGGUACACUGUUCAGGGCCAACACUUAUGGUAGCUCUAGCGGGUCCAGCAGCGCCAGCAAUGGUCAUCAUCUGGUCCCUGUCAAUUUACCCCCAAUGCCUCAUCCAAAAGAAGAUUUUGUAGACAGAACCCAGUUUCAACCGCUGGAAUACAACGGCAAUCUCGAAUUACCUGACGAGUACUUGCAAAUCAUGACGGACAAUGCAGGAGAACAGAAAAUCUCCAAGAAUGGGUUUUUCUAUGACAAGGACCAACAAGACCGGAUUGUGGUAUCGACAUUCACUUUACCUGGCAGAGGGAAAAGACUUUUUGUGGUGGCGACAGAUAUUCUGAAAGAAUUGCAAUUCCGUGACUCGUAUCUUUUCCUUCACAAGAACAAGAGCUUGGUGAAGUUUGUCACCAAUGAUCAAGACAAAGCGUUUCUUAUCGAUCACAAGAUCUUGCCUGCCCCAUUCAAGUCCCGGACCAUUGGGGUGAUCACCUUCCGGUCAUUAUUCUUGAUUUAUGGGGCACGGCUACUCAGAAACGGGAUAAGAAUCAAAGAUGAUUAUUGGGAAGACCUUGGGAAGACCCAAGGGUUCAAAGAAUCCGACCCGGUAUAUGCCCACAAAUCUCACCGGUCUAGUCAAUCUUUAGGUAAAGAAGGAUUACUGAGGACCAAGAAACACGAAAAAUUGAAGAGCGGCGACCCUUCUAAUGUUAUGGUGCCACCACCGCCAUCGUUAUCAUCAGGAUCCUUGAAUCCGGAGUCCUUGUCUCAAUCAGCAUCAAAGUUUAAAUUAUAUAAACCACCGGCACAUAUUCCCGUGACGUUUUCCCGUCAACAGCAAUUGGAAUCGCGACUUUUACCUGACCCCACAGACGAGGUCAAACAGAACUAUUUACUUUCUUCAGGAGUGACCAAUGUGCCAAUAUUCAGCAAAGUCCCCGUCAAUUUUGAGAAUUUCCGGUAUCAGCAUCAUGGGUCGCAACAACCUCCAGUGGUGGUGACUUCUCCUGGGGGAUCGAUUCCUCCGAGUAUCACUUCCAGUCUUGUAGGAAAUGAGAGUUUGAUUACCUCUAAUGGGGAUAACAUUUAUCCUGUAUCGUGCUUACACGGCCAAGGCAUAACCGGGAAGAUCCAUUUGAAUAAAAACUUGGUGUUGCCUAAUUACAAAAUCAAGGGCGAAUCGCUUACAGCUGGGGCAAAAUUCGACGAUAUGGUGGGACGUAGUAUUCCUGUCACUGAUAAACCGGAAAUUUAUGGUAAGAAAUCUAAUGUGGGGCUACGAUUUUUCCAAACCCAAAACGUCAUCAAAGAAAUUUCCGGCCUUCAACAACCCCAGAGUUGUGAUGAUGAUGGAGACAAUAAUAACAAUGGUAAUAAUGAUAUCGAGACUCUUAAACGGUAUGGAGAAGAAUUACAACUACAAGGGACCAUUCCAGCAAUUAAACGAAUUAGAACUUUGGAGUAUCAGCAGAACGCGGUGUCUCUAAACCAUAACAUUGAAAAUGCUCGGAAUAGUCGUCGUCAACUGUGGAAAUAUUAUUGGUUAGAGCGCAGUGGGGGGUUUAAUCUUUAUAAGAAGAAUUUGAAGAAACGGGUGAUGGCCCAAGAGCUCCGUGGUCCACGAACCGAGAUGGAAACUUCAAAGGAUAAGUAUUGCUCGUAUAGGGUGAUUCCGAAAUUUAUUGGCCAAGGGAAAGAACCGGUGGAAAAACAAGAAGGGGUGGUGGAUCUUGAUAUGAAUGAAAAUAGCGAUGAAGAAGUGGUGGACGAGCGGGUUUAUCCAUUACCACCGAACUUCCAUUUGCUGAUGGAUGAUAAAACUCGCCUUACUCAGCAACGGAUCCAAUUGGUGAAUGAAUAUAGGGAAAAGAAACUCAGCAAUGAUCCUGAGCAAAACAUCGAUUUGCAUUCGUUGAGGUUCCAUACGAUGCUCAAGAGCCAGGUGGUCAAGGUUAGAAAACCUAACCCCAAUGGAAUUUCUGUGGACUAG